CCCAGCUAUGAACCAUCUAUGUAAAUUGUUUUCAUUUCUCUCCCCUAACACAUACUUUCAGACACAUAUAGAAACCUACUUAAUACUUUUCUAGUAAAUGCAUAUUCCUAACAUCUUAUUCAAAUUUCACAUAUCUAUGAAAUUGCUAGUAUUCCUAUCAAAAAGAGGGGAAAGGGAGAUGGGAGAUUAAAACCUAAGGUUCUGCCAAGCUGAUACCCAGUUCAGCCUAAUCUAGAAGGUCUACAUGACAACUUACUAGAUAGCUAAAAUGUAAAAUUCCCCUCCCAACAAAAUCCCCAAUUCCCAGAGUUCCCACUUCUACACAUCUUACAUUCCCACCACCAAGAGACACCAGCGUACCUCAAAGAAUGUCACAGAGCUCAAAGAAGAUCAAAGUAAAGGCCUGGAAUGAUAUAAAUUUUAGAAUAUAUGUGUGUAAAUGCAAUAUUUCCCAUCAAUUGUUCUAUUGUAAAUGGAAACUAGAAACCACACCAUCCUCUCUGGCUUCCUGCUCCUGGGCUUCUCCGAGCACCCACAGCAGCGGCCUCUUCUCUUGGGGCUCUUCCUAGUCAUGUACCUGGUCACCCUGCUGGGAAACCUGCUCAUCAUGCUGGCCAUUGGCUCGCACCCUCACCUCCACACCCCCAUGUACUUCUUCCUGGCCAACCUCUCCUUCGUCGAUACCUGCUUCACCUGCACCAUUGUCCCCAAGGGGCUAGUGGACAUCCACACGCAGGAUCACAGCAUCUCCUACACUGGGUGCCUCAUUCAGAUGUACUUCUUCAUGGUGUGGGCCCUGCUGGAUGACUUCCUGCUGGCCGUGAUGGCUUACGACCGCUAUGUGGCCAUCUGCCUUCCUCUCCACUACACCACGGUCAUGGGUCCCCGUCGCUGCCUGCUGCUGGUGGCCGCAUCCUGGCUCUGCUCCAACCUACUGGCUUUCUCACUCACGCUCCUGAUGACUCAGUUCUCCUUCUGUGCCUCUCAUUCCAUCCCACACUUCUUCUGCGAUGUACCUCCACUCCUCAAACUCGCCUGCUCAGACACCCACACUUUUCAGGUCACAAUGUUAACUGAAGCAGUUCUCUCAGGCGUGGUCCCUCUCACCUGUGUCCUGCUCUCCUAUGCCCACAUUGUGCACACGGUCCUCAGGAUCCCCUCUGCUGGAGGGAAGCACAAAGUCUUCUCCACCUGCAGCUCCCACCUGACGGUGGUCACUCUCUUCUACGGAACGCUCUUCCUGGUGUAUUUCCAGCCCUCGUCCUCCUACUCAGCAGGCACUGGAAUGGUGGCAUCCGUGGUGUACACAGUGGUCACCCCCAUGCUGAAUCCCUUUAUCUACAGCCUGAGGAACAAGGAUAUGAAGCAGGCAUUGUGGAGACUCCUGGGUGUGGGGCAAUGUCCAAUUGAGUAAGGGUCCUACCCCAGAGUGGAAGACUGAACUGUUUGAUAUGCUUUCCUGGUUGAACUUCUCUACUACAAUUUUUGCAAAAAACUCAAAUUCAAAGCAGGAUGGAUGCGCAGCAUUACAGCAGGUUUAACAUGAAGCAUACCUUCCUUGGCAAGACUGAAACAGAAACAAACAAGGACAGAGCUGUACUCCACAGAGAGGGAGUGGCCAGCUGUCCCUACCUGGGACGUGACUAAUGGACAUGCUAUCCACGCAAUUCAAGUAAGAGU